CUCAGUUCCAGGCUCCCCGAACUUCACACACUCUUUGUAACUUUGUAACAAAGCCUUGCGGCAAAUGGCAUCGUCGUACCAGCCACUGCGCAAUUCAGCCAGCGGCACGUCCAUGGCAUACUCCUCCACCGAGAGCACCGGCGCUGGGUAUGGCGGGUACGGAUCGCGGGACUACGGCGUCGGGCGCAUGGGCUACGACGGUUCGGCGCGCAGCCACAGUCCGCCCGACUACUACCACGACACGGCGGCGGCGGCGGCGCACGGUCGCAGUGGUGGCAGUGGCUACGAGGACACCAAGGCACACCCAAUCAACGACAAUGACGGCGCAGAUGCACCGCUGCUGGGCUCCUCGCAGCAAGAGGAGCACGUCCGAAGCUCGUCCUUUGCAGGCGCCUCCUUCAACAUGAUGACUGCGAUUAUGGGAUCGGGCAUUCUCGGACUCGCCUACGCGAUGCGCUACUCGGGCAUUGUUCCGUUUACGAUUCUGAUGGUGUUCAUGGCCGGGUGCGGAUUGUAUGCCAUCCAUAUGCUGCUCACACUGUGCACACACACCGGAAUCAACACGUACGAGGGGCUUGGCGUCAAGGCGUUCGGGCGCGUUGGCAAGAUUGCCGUGUCAACGUCCAUUCUGAUUCAGAACAUUGGCGCCACGACAAGCUACCUCGUCAUUGCGGGAGAUCUUCUUCCCGACCUCAUGCGUGUCUUUACGUCCGAGAAUGACAACUCGAAAACGCCCUUCUACGUCGAUCGCAACUUUCUCUUGUGCAUUAUUGCCGCGACAGUCGUCUUCCCGCUCACCUCGCUACGUCGGAUUGGUCUGCUGGCAUACACGAGCACCAUUUCUGUCAUCUUCAUGGCCAUGAUGACGUUUGUCGUUGUUGCCAAACGCGACCACAUUUCCUGCCCGCUGCCUGGCAACGAGACCGACUCGUCGGCGUUCGCCACCAUCACCGCACCGCCACCACCGCCGACGACUGCGCUCCCUGCACUGUACUAUGCCACGGACAACUCAACCACGUCCGACUCGUGCACGGCCGAACUGUUUGCCUUUUCGACCAACUUUUUCUUUGUGUUGCCCACCAUGGCCUUCUCGUUUGUCUGCCACACUGCGCUGCUGCCCAUCUAUGCCGAGCUCAAAAAGCCAACGCAGGCUCGCAUGCAGGCAGUGUCCAACGUUGCCGUUAUGACUUGCUUUUCCCUGUACUUUAUUGCUGGACUCUUUGGCUAUCUGACCUUCUACCAAUCGGUGGAUAGCGACCUGCUCAAAUCGUACUCCUUCCAGCGCGAAGACGUGUUGGUUUGUGUCGUGCGCACGGCCUUCGUCUUGGCUGUCAUCCUGACUGCACCCGGCGUGUACUUCCCGGCUCGCAAAACAAUCAUGCUGUUCUUCUUCCCAAACAGGCCGUUCAGCUGGUUCCUGCACUACGCCGUCACCAUCUUCCUGGUUGGCUUUACCCUCGUGCUAGCUCUCUUUGUCCCAGACAUUAAGAACGUGUUUGGACUUGCCGGCGCGACCUCAUCGGUUUCGCUCAUGUUUGUGCUGCCAUCGCUCUUCUUCAUUCGGAUACUGCCUGGCGCCUACCUCUCUCGAACCAAGCUGCCAGCUGUCAUCAUGAGCAUCUUGGGUGUUUUGAUUGGCCUGACUUGUGUUGGAGGAGUGAUUGCGUCUUGGCUUGUAUGAAAGCAAAUAAGACUCUUUUGUGUUGAUGUCACGGAGCUGUAGAUUCCCACAAUGAAGAGCAUCACUGCCA